GGUCGUACCAGGAGGAGAAGAAGAAACUGCGACGCGUUUGUUUCCACCGAGUCAACUCACUUGUGUCUACGGAACUUCUUCUUUUUCUGUUAGGAUAAAGAUAAUUACGUUGUUUUUUUUAUUUACCUCUGCGAAACCUUUGGUUCAUGGUACCUGAGUCAUUUUGGUUGUUUUGACCCAAAUUGAAGCGGUUUUGCUGCUCUUUUAUCUGACCACCGUGUCCCUUGUGACUCCUUAGUCGGACCUGAUUCGGUGGAGUCAUGAAGCUAUACAGCCUCAGCGUCCUCUAUAAAGGAGCCACUAAAGCCAACCUGCUCAAGGCGGCCUAUGACCUGUCCUCCUUCAGCUUCUUUCAGCGCUCCAGCGUUCAGGAAUUUAUGACCUUCACCAGUGCCUUGAUUGUGGAGCGAACAUCUGUGGGAACCCGUGCCUCUGUCAAAGAGCAAGAGUAUCUCUGCCAUGUGUACGUGAGAAAUGACAACUUGAGUGCGGUGGUAAUCUCAGACCAUGAAUACCCACAAAGGGUCUGUUUUACUCUGCUUGACAAGGUAUUAGAGGAGUUUUCCAGGCAAGUAGACAGUAUAGACUGGCCGUCUGGUAAUCCUGACACUGUGAACUACAAAAGUUUGGACAUUCACCUUUCAAAAUACCAGAACCCCAGGGAAGCUGAUGCGAUGACCAAAGUGCAGGCCGAGCUGGACGAGACAAAGAUCAUUUUGCACAACACCAUGGAGAGUCUGUUGGAAAGAGGAGAGAAACUGGAUGAUCUUGUGGCAAAGUCAGAGCACCUGGGAAACCAAUCUAAAGCCUUCUAUAAGACUGCACGGAAACAGAACUCUUGCUGUGAAAUCAUGUGAUGCCGCUGUCUCACCCUGGUGGAUAGUUCUCUGCUUCUCCUACAACCCCCAUCAUGCACCACUUAGGACACCCCUACCCAACCACUAGGGUGCCGUGUUAAUCCAAGAUAGGAAGCAGCAAAAGGGUGGCCAAUUUCAAGUGGGACUUCUGUGUGAUGGGGGCUGAAGGACUGUCUAAGUUUAUUGGGAGGAAGUAACCGUUUUGAGUCAUGCUUAAAACCUUAUUAAAGGUAAACAUCUGUGUGGCUGAGAAUAUUUUAGCUUUGACGUAAAGUACUGCCGGUGUGUCGUUGGAACGUAUUCAUACCAUUUAAUGUUUUUCAGGUUGAAUACAAACUUAAUAUCUUUUUCUCUUAAGCUUAUUGACAGAGUAUUAACCACAAAUGUGCUUUUGCUUCAAAUAACUGACAAUCUCAUAAAUCAAUAUGUAAAAAUUGGUUUUCUUGUUUCUCAAACUAAUCAUCCACUAGGGGGCUCUCUUCAUGGUCCACAACAGCUAUUGGCAUUUUAAAACGUGUUAUCACAACUUUGCAGACUUUUACGUGAACUUUCUAAACAUCUUUGCUACAUUUAGUUGCUUAACUGCCUUUUUUUUUUCUCUCUCAUGUUCAAUGAAGUCUUCAACAUUCCUGACUUGGCUGAUGUGUUGUGUGAUGAGACUUAAAGCUGAAGAGAAGUAGAUUUAUUGUAAAAUGUAUGAGAAUCCCAGAGCAUGUUAAUUGUUUCUAUUACCAAAACUAAUGAUAAAUUAUCAGAUUUUUACCUGCAUUGGUUCUAAACUUCUCAAGAUAAGGAUUACCCACAUUACCUAUGUUACCCACCAUAGUCACUGCAGACCCAGACACCUCUGGGUCUGCAGUGACUAUGAGGAGCUCAGUCUUAUUUAAUAACACAUCCCCCUUUCAGUCACUCCACUGCUGACCUUUAUUCAUAACAUGCACAGUUUGCUUUAUGUUUUAGAACAAACUGAGAAGAAAAAAAUAAUUUCCACUUAGUCCAAAAUUGAUAUCUGCCUUCAGGUCUGUAUUUUAGAUAUUUUUUUCUGCUCUCUUAAGUGUGUAUAUACAGUCCAUUUGUGAUCUAACUUCUGGCUGCAGUCUGUCGAUUCUGAGUGCCUGUAUAUUUGUGUGUUGAGGAGCUUGUUUGUGCAGUCUGAUGUUGCUUUUUCUGCUUUUACAGUGUAACAUUUGGUGCAAUAUCUGCAGACUGUUGUGUGUGUCUCUAUAAAAUGGAAAGAAAAGCUGGAAAUGUUUCACACCAAGAACACUUCGUUAAACUCUGAUAAAGAUGCUUUUAUUUGGAUCAACCUUGACAUGAGACUUGUCUAUUUUUAUUUCUUCCAGAGUUUUGAUUUAUACUUCUGAAAACUGUUUAUUGGUUUUUAUACUGUAAGGUCCAGUUCAGUGGCCGCUGUGUUGAACAGCAUGGAUUUAACAGUAUGCAUUAAAAAUUAUGUUCCAAAUACAA